GAAAUCGGUUUUGACGUUUCUUAAUGUUUUGGUCAAAAGUUUCGCUGAACUUUGGGUUUGUUAUUAUUCCGUAUUUGGAAGUUACAAAACUAAUCGUUAUGAUUAUCUAUCCGAGGUUUUGGUUUAAGGAAAUUUGAUAGGACUACAAUGUUGACAAACCUCGGUUUAUUAAUUCGCCUCGUGUUUUACUGCUGCCAAAUCCGGUUUCGCAAAUAUCCUGUAUUUUAUUUUCCAGUGUUCGUAUUUUUGCAAGGCUUGCAGAAGCUCAGCAACGACAUCAAACUGCGAAAUGCCACCUUUCGGGUAGUCCCAAUGCCAAAUCUUCUCUUCGAGAAACAUCAACGUGGUCGUCUGGUACGCUCCGAGCAUACCUUGUUCGUUUGCCGGACAGUUUUUAAUCAGUAUGUUGUGGAGAGAGAAAUUAACUGGAUCAAUCUGGUGAUUAGAGCCUUUGGUGACGAAACGGGACGGCAAAAUGAAGUUGACGGGUUGCUGUCAAUUAUUCUGAAUAGGCAGAAUGUGUCAGUACUGUUCCAGGUGCUCCCUCUGGACGGAGUUCCGCCCCAUGUGAUAUUUGUCAAGGAAAAUCUAUUCCACGAACUAAAUGAGCGGUAUAAAGUUGGUUGUACAGGCUUUAGCGGUAAAUUACAACGAAUAUCGGAACAACAACACCUUCCUCAAGUGGCCACGAAAGCAAAUGUUUUCGUUUACAACUCACCGUACGAUUUAACUGCAGAAAUGGUGGACUUCAUUAUGGUAAAAUUUUUCGAAACUCCUCGGCUGUUGUAUAGAAAUCAUACCUACCAGAUAGCUUUGAACGAACCCUUUUUGGGAAAUACAUUUUAUACGAAGAACUUUGCUACAUUUGCUCACUUGCGAUCGUUAUAUUUCAAAUGUUUGAAUCUGGAAUCAUCGGACAACAGUUUUGAACUGUGUGGGAUUGUAUGCAAAAGUUUGACUAGUCUACAGCAAACUACAACUUAUAACAGCUUCGUUCCACGACAGAAUCUUGAUGAUUUGGUGUUUGUUGCUGCUUGUCCGUUUGGAUUGCGGAAAUACCAUCAGGAGUUAAGCGCAUCGCUAACAGCAUAUCUGUCACAAGGGGAUAAUUCUUUGGUGGAAAAUCAGAUCUAUCCGUUGUUCAUGCUGAAGGGAGAACGGGGAAUAGGAAAGUCAACUGUCUUACGUUCAGUUGCGCAAUCGCUUGGAAUACAAAUUUUCUAUGGAGAUUGCAGCGAUAUUAUGACUUCGAUCUCUUCUCAGACUGAAAACAAACUGAUCUCUGCGUUGAAUAAAAGCAAAAUCUGCGAACCGUUAAUAAUCGCUUUGCAAAAUUUUGAAAUUUUCGGUAUCGAUAACGAAGGGCACGAAGACCUGCGAAUUCUGGCUACCUUUCAGGCAGAAAUUCAAUCACUCUUUACUCGAAAGUACUUUCAUCCGAUUGUUAUUGUUGCGUUAGCCAACGAGAGGAAUUCUGAAAAGCACCGAUUAAAUAGUUUAUUUUUGGAUGUUAUCGACUUCCAACCUCCAACAGUAGAGGAAAGGUAUCAAUUAUUGCGUUGGAUAGCCAUUAAAGAAGGGUUCGUUUUACCAUCAGUGCAGUGGAAAAAAAUUGCCGAACAAACGCAGGGUUUCAUUUUUGGUGAUCUUAAAUUGCUCUGCCUAAAGGCAGCUCUUCCGUCGACUUCUGAAGAGUCGAAGUUUGCUAAUUUCGAAAAGACACUUGAAGAGAUGCAGUCCUCGUUUGCGGACAGUUUAGGUGCUCCGAAGGUACCGAGAGUUCUUUGGUCGGAAAUCGGUGGAUUAGCUAAGCUAAAAACUGAAAUACAGAACAGUAUCGGACUUCCCUUGCGCCAUAAGAAUCUGAUGGGUAAAAAUUUGCGUCGCUCGGGUAUUCUGCUGUACGGACCGCCAGGAACGGGUAAAACACUUAUCGCAAAAGCGGUAGCAACCGAGUGCAAUCUGAGCUUCCUCUCAGUGCAAGGCCCGGAAUUGCUUAACAUGUACGUAGGUCAGAGUGAGCAGAACGUGAGAGAAGUUUUCUGCAGAGCGCGCUCGGCGGCCCCAUGUGUGCUGUUUCUGGACGAACUCGACUCGUUGGCUCCCAACCGUGGAGUGUCUGGCGAUUCAGGCGGGGUGAUGGAUCGCGUGGUUUCUCAGAUGCUCAGCGAAAUGGACGGGAUCUCGAAAGGAUCCGAGUCCGAUAAACAAAUUUUCAUCCUCGCAGCGACGAAUCGGCCGGAUUUGAUAGAUCCUGCCCUUCUGAGACCGGGUCGUUUCGAUAAGCUGCUCUACGUCGGUCCCAGUACAACUGUGGAGGACAAAGAAAGCGUCCUGCGGGCCAUUACCAGUAAGUUCAAUCUAACCAAAGACCUCACGCUAAGGAAAAUUGCCGAAAGUCUCGAACUAGACAUGACCGGUGCGGAUUUGUAUUCCAUCUGCUCCAAUGCUUGGCUCAGUGCGGUACGGAGAGCUAUCCGCGGUGCUAGUAAAGACGAAAUUACCGAAGAAAAUCUUGGUCCCGAGCACGUUGUGGUGAACGAGACUGAUUUCAAAAAUGCAAUAAAAAAGUUCAUCCCUUCAAUCAGUCCGGCCGAUAUGGAGUACUUCAACAAACUUAGACAUAAUUUUAGUGUGUGAAUUUACACAUCUAUAGUGUUCAAAUAGUUUAAGUAUGUAGACGUAGUUGAGUAAGUUUGAAUGGAUGGGAUUUUUAAUUGGGUUACAGAAUAUAUUUUGAUUAAAAUAGAACUUUGGUUUU